GAUGUAGUUGUCUCUCUGCCCUGCCCUCCCUCGGCUGCCGAACUUUCUGCUUUUCCCUGGAAAGAUCCAGACUUUCUCUCCUCCCAGACUGGACAGCGGAAAGCAGGACUCUGCCGGACCUUUCACCUCAGCAGGGGCCGGCCUCAGAAAGCCAGAAUUGGAAAUGAGUGCUCAGAGAGGUUAAGCCACUUACUGGAGGCCACGCAGCUGGGAGGGCGGAGCAGGUCUUCUUACUCGGGUCCCAGCUUUCCUGGCUGCUCCUUGUUCUUCCCACCGGCACUGACUGAGGGGCCCAGAGAAGACACCCGUGCUCCGCCCUGUCUCAGCAGGGCCUGGGGGACCAUGUCCCUCAUCCCAUGGCUCCGGUGGAAUGAGGCCCCGCCCCGGCCGUCCUCCCGGAGUCCAGCUGAGAUGGUGCUGGAUACGCUCAUGAUGGAGCUGGUGGGGCAGAUGCGAGAGGCCGAGAGGCAGCAGCGGGAGCGCAGCAACGCGGUCAGGAAGAUCUGUACCGGAGUGGACUACAGCUGGCUGGCCAGCACGCCCCGCGCCACCUACGACCUCAGCCCCGGUGAGCGGCUGCAACUCGAGGGUGUCUGCGCCAAGAUCCACCCAUCCUACUGCGGGCCCGCCAUCCUCAGGUUCCGGCAGCUGAUGGCCGAGCAGGAGCCCGAGGUGCAGGAGGUGUCCCAGCUCUUCCGCUCGGUGCUGCAAGAGGUGCUGGAGAGGAUGAAGCAGGAGGAGGAGGCCCGCAAGCUGACUCGGCAGUGGAGCCUGCGCCCCCGCGGCAGCCAGGCGCUGGCCGCCUUCAGGACACGCGCGCGCAUCUCUCCCUUCGCCAGCGACAUCCGCACCAUCUCUGAGGACGUGGAGCGGGACGCGCGGCCGCCGCCCCGGAGUUGGAGCAUGCCCGAGUUCCGGGCGCCCAAAGAGGACUGACCUGCCCGGACCUGCCCCAGCUCGGGGCAUGGGGAGGGCAUGGAGGACCUGUGACCGUCUGGGUCCUGGAACCUCCCCACCCGCCCGGACUGGGAGCCAGAGGCAACCCCUCCCUACCCCAUCCCCGUCCCCCUUCUCCCACCCUCUCCCUCUCCCGCUGGGCAUGGGCCACAGGGCCCAGACCAGCAAGCACUUGGAGCUAAAGCAGGGGCCCCUCCCUACCCCAGUCAGUCACCAGUAGCUGGAGCAGCCCCUCCCAGCCUUGCAGAGCCUCGGGGGCUUGGCAGACAGACCGCAGCCCAUCCCGUCUCUGCUUCUGCCUGGAAGGGGCAGAGUUGCCAAGACCUGCGCCCUCAUCCCAGCUUCCGAGUUGUCCCAUUCACCCCGUCUCCCUGGGUAACGAUGAGGGACCUGUUGGGGGGCGUCCAUUCUCUGCUGGUGACUGGCUGGUCUCACCACUGCAGGUGGGUCACAGCCUCGUGCAUGAAUCAGCAAAGCUGGAAGGGGCCACAGAGGUCACAGGUCCACUCUGCUGGCUAGUGAAGGAGGAAACUGAGGCUCAGAGAGGGCCAGGCUCCUUCCUCCUGAAUGGCACUCAGACCCCCACGGGUGGUGAGAAUGUUCCUGGAUGUGGUCUCUGUCCCUGAGUCCUUGAGUCCUGGGCUGUGACGGGGCAGGCCCAGAGACUGCGUCCGCACCUGCCUGUGUCUGACCUUCUCUUAUCCUGGCGUCCAAGCUGCUCCCCAAGAAAGGUAGCUGGGGCGGAGGUAGAUUGCCGUCACCCUAACCCACGGUGCCACCACCUGGGAGGCUGCCAGUCCCCAGUAGCUUCUUCCAGACGCCUCCCAACUCGCUGCUUUGGAGAGCCCAGGGCUUUGACUCUGGCCCCUUCUGAACCCAAGCGCUCCUGCUCUUGGCUUUCCCCAGGGAAGGCAGCGCCCAGACCCCUCACUGACGUGGAGGCACCUGCAGUGUUUCAGAAGAGCCUCCCUGCAGGUUAGAGCCUGAUGACGGGCAUGUGGAUUCGCCACUGGGCAGGGCACCCACAGUGAAGAUGAAGGCCUCACUCUGUGGGCUGAAGUGGUGUGGGGGGGACGGUGGGGAAAGUCUCCCCAGUUAUUCACGCACACUCAGAAAAUGCAAGUGGAUCUUAACUGUAAUGUAAAUAAAAGGCCAGAAGAUAAGUCAGCAGGGGGGAAUCCAUAUAUUCCCUCACCACGCUCAGUGGAAAAAGGGUGUUUUAAUCUGAUUUUGAAUUAUUUUCACUCGGAUCUAGACAGAGAAUCGUAGGGUGGAGAAAACCUCUCAUCUGACACUGUCAAGGUGGAGUUGAUUAGCUCACUCACAUAACUGGUAAAAGUUGAGAAUCAUUUCAAUAAAAAAAUCUUCAACAUCUUACAUAUUUUAUGUGAAGACACUAAAAAGCUCAAUUAACUGGGAAACU